AUUCUUUCAAUUUUCUGUUUGCCAAAUUGAUUUCUCUAUUCCCUUUUCACAUAACUGUAGUUUUUUUAUUUUUUAUUUUGAAGGCUAACUGUUUGUUUUAUUGUCUAACACACUUCACCCAGCUAUACUGUUUGAUCAAUGAUGCUAAUUCCAUCAAGUGGGAAAAAAACAAUUUUUAUUUAUUUUUUGCUCAUUUUUACAAUGUGUUUGUAAAUAUAGCUGUUGUGUUGUUUACAUGUAGAUUUGGUUUGGAUAGCUCAGUUAUAGGGUAAAGGAAACUUAAUUUUAAUUUAAUAAAUUCCUCUUUUUAAUUUAACCGCGUGUCUGUGUGUGCAAAUGAUACCAUUGGUAUGUAGAUAAAACAAUAGGAUGUAGAAUCCAAGGUAAAGAUUUGUCAAGAUUUGUUUAAUGGUGAUUUUGUAAUCUUUAAAUUAAACAGCAUAUCUAUGUUUUCAUCACCUUAAUUUUUCGCCGUGGCCCUUCAUCCGUCUUCCCCAGAACAGAUAGUAAGUUCCUAAACUUGCUCCAAGACUCCCCUAACUAAUGUCUUACUGGAACACCCCACCCUAAAAAAAAAUCCUUAUUCUUAAUUUCACUGAAUGCCAAUGUUUUGUGUUUAUAAGUUCUACUAUCCUCGUACCUGGUAAUGGAAAAUGAAUUCUCAAAUAACUCACUCGCUAAUUGAUGCACUUGACCCCAAGUAGGCUGUUAUGCAGUAAAAGGAAACUACUUUCUGGUUAGAAAAUGCCAGGACUCAGGUGCUCAUAGAGAGAGACGCCAUGGUGCCUGCUGCCGGGGUUGGCGCUGCACAGCCUCUUUUUUCAUUUGGAUUGAUUUCUGAUGUCCAAUAUGCUGACAUUCCUGAUGGUCGCUCAUUCCUUGGUGUUCCUCGGUAUUAUAAGCAUAGUAUUCUUAUUUUGCAGAGAGCAGUUAAAGAAUGGAAUACUCAUCAGAAGCAUAAGUUUGUGAUUAAUUUUGGAGAUAUUGUUGAUGGGUUUUGUCCCAAAGAUCAAUCUAUUAAUGCUGUAAAAAAAGUUGUGGAUGAAUUUGAAAUGUUUAGGGGACCCGUGUAUCAUAUGAUUGGAAAUCACUGUUUGUACAAUCUUCCUCGAAGCAAGUUACUUCCAUUAUUGAAGAUCCAAACCCUUGAUGGUUGUGCUUACUAUGAUUUCUCACCAGUGCCGGAAUAUAGAUUUGUAGUUCUGGAUAGCUAUGACAUCAGUGCCAUUGGGUGGCCUCAAGAUCAUCCAAAAACAUUAGAGGCCUUGAAAUUGCUAAGAGAGAAGAAUCCAAAUGAAGAUAAGAACAGUCCAACAAACUUGGAGGGGCUUGACAGAAGGUUUCUUAUGUUUAAUGGAGGUAUCGGAAAGGAACAAAUGGAAUGGUUUGACGGUGUUCUCCAAAAUGCAACCGAAUUGAAACAGAAGGUUGUUGUCUCUUCCCAUCUGCCUCUAGAUCCUUGUGCUACAUCCAAGGAGGCGCUGUUGUGGAAUUGUGAUGAAGUGAUGAAUUUGAUACACAAAUACAAAUGUGUUAAGGUCAUUUUUGCUGGACAUGAUCAUAAAGGUGGGUACUCCAUUGAUUCUCACGGGGUACACCAUCGAGUUUUUGAAGCUGCGCUUGAAUGUCCUCCGGGUACAGAUGCAUUUGGAAGCGUUUAUGUCUAUGAUGACAGGAUAUCACUUGUAGGAACUGACAGAAUGGCGAGCACAGACAUGCAUUUUAAUCCUCAAUAAUUUUAAUUUGUAUGACAUGAUGUGUUGAUGUUUGGAAGACACACAUUCUUUGAUCAAUAAUUAAUAUGAUCUCUAGAGUACUACCCAAGUUGGAAUAACGCUGUUGCGACUGGUACCGGGAACUUGCAAGUUCUUGAAUCAACAUGCUCCUCCCUGUUGAGAGAGGCAAGAAUGCAACGUGCAGCAUUAUUGGAGUCACACAUGUAUGUGAUUUGUAAAACUGUUGUGCAAUUUUGCUUAAUUGCUUUGCAUUGUUUAGUGAAAACCUUGUUGUGAUCAUGUAACUGAUAUGUAUUGUUAGAGUUAUUUA